UAAUAUUGGCUACAGCUUCACAUAAAGGAACCACUAGCGCGUGAGAGACAGAAAAUCCCCUGCGGAUACUUUCCUUAGUCUUCUGCUCGGCCUAUCUAGGCACCAGUGUGGUGCAGAAUCAAACACCCUUUGAGCUCAGAAACUCCAAAGUGGUCUCUCAGUCCACCAUGAAGAUCGAGAUGCUUCCGGCCCUCACCGACAACUACAUGUACCUGCUCAUCGACGAGGAGAGCAAAGAGGCAGCUAUUGUGGAUCCCGUGCAGCCCCAAAAGGUUGUGGACGCAGUGAAGAAACAUGGAGUUAAACUGACCACUGUCCUCACCACACACCAUCACUGGGAUCAUGCUGGUGGAAAUGAGAAACUUGUGAAGAUGGUGUCUGGUGUAAAAGUAUACGGAGGGGACAGCAGAAUCGGGGCACUAACACAGAAAGUAUCCCAUCUAACCACGUUCCAGGUGGGGUCACUCCAUGUGAAAUGUCUCUAUACCCCGUGUCACACGUCGGGGCACAUCUGUUACUAUGUCACAAAGCCAAACAGCACAGAGCCGCCAGCUCUAUUCACAGGUGACACCCUCUUUGUAGCAGGAUGCGGGAAGUUCUUCGAAGGGACAGCGGAGGAGAUGUACGCAGCUUUGAUUGAGGUUUUAGGCCGCCUCCCACCUCAAACGAGAGUCUACUGCGGUCAUGAGUACACCAUCAACAAUCUCAAAUUCGCUCGGCACGUGGAACCAAACAAUGACGCCAUAAAGCAAAAGUUGGCUUGGGCGAAGGAGACUUACAACAACGGAGAACCUACUAUUCCUUCUACACUUGCCGAAGAAUUUACAUUUAAUCCUUUUAUGAGAGUGAGAGAGAAGUCUGUGCAGGAACAUGCUGGAGAACAAGACCCCAUCUCUACAAUGGGAGCAAUCCGUAAGGAAAAGGAUAAUUUCAAGGUGCCAAAAGACUGAAACCCCCCCCCCACACACAGAAUUUGCUUUUUGCCUCCACCACCAGCAUUUCCCCCCCCUUUUUUAAUUUUGUGGGAUGAUCCUUUCUAGCACUAAUUAUUUUAUGUUAAAAAAGAAAAUUCCCCCUUUUAGAGCAUUUUUUUUUUUUUUAUUUUAUUUUUUUUGACAUUGAGUUGCAAAAGCAGAGGAGAAACAUUGGUCGAAAAACUGGGCAGAUCCCUGGCUUAUGUAUUUGGUGAGAAUGUUCUCCUUCCCUGGGUGAUACCUGUUUGGGGUUUCCGAUAUCAAUCGGGGUGGGUAGGGGAUGUGAUUUUAAAGGAUAAGUAAAUAGGUUAAUGUAAAUUGAUGAGGGGGCUAUUCUAAGCACUUUUGCAAUGUACAUUUAUUAUUUAUUUAUUUUUAUUUCCAAGAUAUUAAGGGAUACAUGUGAUGUUACUAUGAAUGAAUUUUGUUACAACAUUUUCUGACCACCAAGUAGUCAAGGAAGUUGUCAGGAGAAAGAAAGAGGCUGCUCUGAUGUUUUUCUGCUUAGGAAUAAAAUUAGAAACCUUUCUCAAAUCUUUCCUAAGCAGAAUAACAUCAGAGCAGCCUCUUUCUUUCUCCUGACAACUUCCUUGACUACUUGGUGGUCAGAAAAUGACCAGCAGGUGGCGCUGUUGUAACAAAAUUCAUUCAUAUUAACAGUACAUGUAUCCCUUAAUAUCUUGGAAUUAAAAAAAGACAAAACUAAUUUACAUUGUAAAAGUGCUUAGACUAGCACCCUCAUUCAUUUUACAUUCACUUAUUAUAAAGGUCUACUUAUUCUUUGGGGAUUCAGCCGAAUCCUGCAGAAAAAGGCUGAAUCCUGGAUUUGGUGCAUAAUAAACCCAUAUAUAUUUAUAUAUAAUAAUGAGAUUAGGAAAGGCAGACUUGCCAAAAAUCUUUAAUUGUUGUCUUCAAAAAUGCAGCAUUGUGGGGCUUUUUGUUUAAUAGUUUCAUGCGUCUCGUUGGCUCAUUUCAUUUGAAUUGUUAUUAUUAAAUAUCAGGGCUCAUAUACUGA